AUGGCAGCCGACCAGCACAUCCUUACCUUUUUUACCGCCAUGGACAACCAGGGCGUUGUUAUUGUCAAAGAUGCUCCGAAGCUGGACCUUGAUCUAUACAUUUCUAAUUACAAAGGCCGUACUCGUUUCGACCGAUUAUUGUUAAUUGGCCAAUGCUCCGUACCUCUAUGCGUCGAUGCCCUCAAAGCUGCUGUGGCCGAAGCCAAGCGUGGAAAAGACGUCCAGCGAUACCGCGAUGCUUUCGAAUAUAUCCACAUUGCUGCGCCCGACGAACCUGAGGCUAAGUGGGAUGAUGCCUGGGUCACGGCAACAGCGAAAGCCAAUAAGGCAGAAACUCACCGACUUGAAACUGAGCUUAAGGGGUAUAAAAACAAUUUGGUCAAAGAGAGUAUUAGGAUUGGCCACCGUGAUCUCGGCGAACACCUUGAGUCUAUUGGAGAUCUUAACGGAGCCUCCGAAACCUAUAUCAAGAUGCGACCCGAUGCUAGUACACAAUCUCAUAUCCAAGACGUAGGCAAGCAUAUUAUUAGCAUUAUGCUACAGAAGCGAGACUGGGCUGCAGUUCUAGCCAACGCUAACAAGGUCUUGGCUAUGAGCCCGGGAAGCAACGAGCAGAAUUCCGAGCAACCUUAUCAGAAGAUGAUUUAUGGUCUUGCUCAACUUGGAGAAGGUCGAUAUUACGAUGCUGCUAAGAGCUUUCUCGAAGUUGGGGAUCCGAUCAGCUGUCAGGCACAUAACGACGUCGCUAGCCUAAAUGACGUCGCCACAUAUGGAGGGCUUCUUGCACUCGCCUCAAUGGACCGAUUAGAGCUACAGACUCGAGUUCUGGAUAACUCUAGCUUUAGAAACUAUCUCGAGCUAGAACCACACAUCCGCAAAGCUGUUAGUUUGUUCGUCAACGGACGAUACUCGGCUUGCUUGGGAAUACUCGAGUCAUACCGAAACGAUUACCUUCUCGACAUCUAUCUCCAGGCACAUGUUCCUGCAAUUUUCUCGCAAAUUCGCAGCAAGUGCAUUGUCCAGUACUUCGUACCAUUCUCAUGUGUUACCUUGGAAAGUCUAAAUGCAGCCUUUGCCAAACCCGGAGAGUCUAUUGAAUCAGAGCUCAUUGAUAUGAUCAGAGCAGGUGCUCUAAAUGCUCGCAUUAACACCAUUGAUAAGCUUCUUGUUGCUGUCUCCACCAACUCCAGAGCAGUCAUGCAGAAGAAAGCUCUGGAUUCCGCCAAGAAUUAUGAAAAGGAAGUCCUAGAGAGAAUUCGCCGGAUGAACAUCGUAGCGGCCGACCUAGAGGUCAAAGGCACCAGAAAGGUUGCUGGUGUAGGAACUGGCAAUCUCCCCGGCGUAGGCGACAUUUGGACUGACGAAGCCAGAAGACAGCCGGCUUCCAACGACGCAAUGUCUUAA